AUGCAUUUUAUUCUUGCAUCAUUCACUCUAGGUCUUCCGCGGGCUCACGGUAUCCACGAUUUGUCAAAAGGAAGGAAGGAAGAAACGCAGAGAAGCUGGAGAGAUCCUGUUUACACCAGAGGGCUACGUCUAUUUCUCGGGCACUGUUACAAUUUCUUGAACAUGAGGGCGGAAAAACUUGUUCGACUCAGACCGGCCGCUUAUGUCCAUUCGCUAAUCCGGACUUUCUUUGCUGAUUCUUUCUUUCACAUAUAUGGUUGCCCUUUCUCCUUCUUCGAAAGACCACCCCGGCGUGCACCUCGAACUUUUAUGAAUCGAUCAGAAACAGUAUGCCACUGCGAUUUACAUGGAGGCCCUUAA